CCGUGAGUAAAUGGCGGCCCACCUCUAACUGGAUAUAUCCAUUGGGACAAAUUGGAGGUAAAUAUUUAUCAAUAACAGCGGAGUACGCUGAAAUCGGGAAUUAUUUCGAAGCCAAGUGCGAGUCGCCGGCAGCGAAAAUGCACGAGGAUGAUCUGAAGAGUCAGUUAACCAUUGCGCGAAACGAAAUCAAUAAUCUGAGGCAGCAAGUGCGCAACCUGCAGCAUGUGCAGCGCAAGGACAUCGAAACGAUAAACCGCCUACUGCAGGACUUCCGCUGCGAGGGCUGUGCCAGCAACAACAACAAGAGCGCCAAGGACAAGGUCGCCGGCGAGAAGCAGGAGCAGCAGCAGGCGCAGGAGCAGCAGCAGGAGCCGGGACAAGGUCAGAGCAAUCACACCAAUGGAGGAAACAGCUUUGGAGAGGACUACUCCCACUUCCGCCCAAUCGGAGUGAUCCGGACGGCCUUCCCGGAGAAGAGAGCCGUACCCAGGCAGUCCAUUGUGGGCAGUCGCCUGCGCGGUAUCAUCCAGCUGAACGACGGCGUCUUUACCAAUCCGGAGCACUCGCUGGAGGGUCUGGGCGAAUUUUCGCAUCUGUGGCUCAUCUAUCACUUCCAUCGCAACAAUGCCCACCCCAAGGCCAAGGUGGCGCCUCCGCGUCUCGGGGGCGAGCGGGUGGGUGUGUUCUCAACACGGUCCCCACACCGCCCGUGUCCCAUUGGGCUCUCUUUGGUGGAGAUUGAGAAGAUCGAGAACGCCACCAUCAGCUUCUUUGGCACGGACAUGGUGGAUGGGACCCCGGUGCUGGACAUCAAGCCCUACAUUCCAUACUACGAUGCGCCAUCCUUGAGCGUGGACUCAGGACGCACCUCUGUGGGACCGCAUGAGAACAGCCUGGACUUUUACGACUCCCGGCAGGAGCCCGACGGCGAGGAAUCGGACCUGGAGCUGUACGGAGCAGCUGGUUACACCGGCAACUCGGGCAUUGGAGCGGACGCCGUGCUGCCGCCACCGAGCGCUGUGCGAGUGCCCAACUGGGUGGUGGCGAGCAACCGUCUAAGCGUGAACUUCAACGAGCACGCCGAGGCGCAGCUGAAGGAACUGCAGGUGGAGAAGCAGUGUAUCGUGGACAUUCUGGAGGCGGAUCCGCGCUCUGUUUACUUGCGCACAAAAUACGGCUCACAAAUAUUCACCUUCCAGCUGCGGGAGGUCACGGUGACGUGCAAAUUUGACGACAAGGCCGCCACGGUGACUGUUGUUCAGGUCCGGCGCAACGAGAACGUGCAGGUUACCGCAUUGGACGGCGAUCUGCGAAGCGCCUAAAUUACGGAUUAUUGCAAUUGAUAUUCGUUUAUUAACGAUUUGUGUUUAGCUUAAGUAUUUCGUGUUGAGGAGCUUUAACCUUUGGCGUUUCAAUUUUGCUCUAGGACAAGGGACAUUUUGAAAUAAAUGUACCAGGCUUGUUUCCCACGCAAAA